ACCCUCCAACCAACCCCAGUUAAUCCUAAUAUCACUCACUCCCAAAACCCUCCAACCAACCCCAGUUAAUCCUAAUAUCACUCACUCCCAAAACCCUCCAACCAACCCCAGUUAAUCCUAAUAUCACUCACUCCCAAAACUCUCCAACCAACCCCAGUUAAUCCUAAUAUCACUCACUCCCAAAACCCUCCAACCAACCCCAGUUAAUCCUAAUAUCACUCACUCCCAAAACCCUCCAACCAACCCCAGUUAAUCCUAAUAUCACUCACUCCCAAAACCACACAAGCCCUCCUUUAGCCUCUAGCCCUCUUUCUCUCUCUCGCUCUCGUUAAAGUAAGGGCGGUAGCGGUAGCAGCAGUUGAUAGAUUGUUUCUGAUGUCAUGCAGAUCCGGAGAUGAAAACUGUGGCUGAGUGAGCACCAUCUCCCAUUUCCACCCACCCAAUCAUGUUCAGUCAAUUGCCACUAACGUUACUCAUCCAAGGUAGUAUGUUUUAAGAGGCUAUUUAAAGUAACACUCUCGCUCCCACCCUCACUACCACUAUGAACCAAUACUGUAUGUACCUCCACCCCAGAUCGAUCUCACUCUUUCCCUGUUGUGUUAUUUUCCACCUAGCCUGCCAUGACUGAAAGCAUCUGGUCAAUAACUGUCUAGACAGCUAUGGUGGCAGCAAAUGGAACCAACAACCGAAAGCAUCCAUUAGAUACCGGAGGUCAAAAUAACCAUGGCUACCGCUUAAUCUUUCUCAUGUAUACAACAGUAGCCUCAAAAUACUUGUUUGAAAAGUAAUUGAAUUACCUGAUUAGUAUUUGAACACAGGUCUGAGUAGCUUAUGUAGUGGUGUGUGUUUUAACGGACAACAGCAGAUCACAGGAUGUCGGUCUCUGAACGUUUUUCUAGAUCUGGGCCCAUUUAUCAAUAAAAAAGCGUCUCAGACUGCUGAUCUAGGAUCAGUUUCGUCUUUUUAAGAUCAUAAUGAAUACGGUUAUAAAGAUCAGCUUUCCUACUCUGAAACGCUUUGUGGAUACGCCCCUUGGGUGCUCUGAGUUGACAGAUGUUUUGAUAAAGGUGCACUGGUUGUUACAUAUUCUAUGGUAUGACCCUUCCUCCUCUUCUUGCUUCACUUCUUCUGUUGUUUAGUGUCAUCUUCCUGCUUCACUUCUUCUGUUGUUUAGUGCAAAGUAAUUACAUCUCCCGAACACAUCUCCACAUCCCUCAUCACCACAAGAUCACAGGAAUCUAGAGGUGUGACGUGUUUUCUGUUAGUGAGGAAACCUUUCAGCCUCGCCGUUAACGUCUUGUCUUGUAUUCACAUGGUUGGGUGCUGUACGUGCAAUAUAUGUCACUAGCUUCAUAUUUUUGUUAGCAACAGUAAGGCUUUUCCUUAUUCGUUUAUUUCAAAAUGAAUGAAUAGUUCAACCUUGAGUUAGAGCAGCCGGCUUGAUCAGCUAGCAGGGGAAUGGACCAAACAGAUGGUGAAAGGGUGUCUGAUCAUUCCUCAGAUGAUGUGUGUGUGUGUGUGUGUGGGGGGAGGGGGUUACGUUUGUCAUGGAGCUGGUUCAAACAAUAAAGAAAUUACAUUUCAGGGCCAGACGGUGAAUGACAGGAGGGGGAAUAGUUGGAAAGAGGGAUAAUCGAGAGAGGGAGACAAUCUGAACACCACCCCUCCCUCCUCCACUUGCCAUCUGAUGUCGAGACUGCGUUGCUAUGGGCAACGAGCAGAGUGGGAGAGAGGAGGAUGGAUUGAUCCCAGCUGGUGGGAGGGAUGGAGGGCGGAGAGGACAACGGCUCACACAACACACACACUGAGCCAACCACAGAGAGGAGAGGAAAAGGGAUAGAGUAUAUGUUAUCCAUCUUUUCCUUUUACUGUUGAAGCAGACUAAGAGCAUUGGACAUCGAGAGGGGCAAGCAGCCAAUCGGCAUUCAAUGGGGAGCAAACAACCAAUGAGGGGCGAGUGGACUCCUCCCCAUAAAGCGCUGUGCUGAGCUCCGAUCCUUUAUAAAUGAAUGGAGAGGCUCUGAGGCAGCACACUGCUCUCCCACAGAGCACCAGAAUCAACAACAGCAGCAUAGACGGAUGCUCGCACCCAGCCAUGAAGAAACGCCACAGACGAGCACAUGCCGCAGACACCACAGACGCCAUGGAUCCCCACCAUCCCCCUGAGGCCUUGGCGCCCCCUCUCGCCCUCCCUUUCUCAGCCUCCGGCACCCUGGCCCUCCCGCUCCCAUCGCCUGCCACCCGACGCUCCAUCUCUAUGGGCGACUUUAGGCGGGUGACCACGGCCCUGUACGGCUCGGAGCCCCCCUCGACGGCUACCACAGCCCCCUCCUCCAAGAUGGUGACCCCAAGCUCUAGCAUGGAGUUUGAAGCGGCCCGUCGGCGCCUGCUAGAGAUGGAGGAGCGCCAGCGGGUCAUCCGGGAGAUGGAGAGACGCCUGGAGGAGCUCCGGGAGGUGUUUGUGCGCUCGGAGCAGGAGGCGGUGGAGCAUGGCGAGGUGUUGACCCGCAUUGCCUGCGGCGCCCAUCAGGGGGAGAUAUACGCGGCCGAGAACAGCGAACGGCUCAAGAAGGGGCUGCGAUUCAGGAAGCACCGACCCACCAUUGUCUUCUCCUCCAUGCUGGGACUCCGUACGUGUCUUCCCUGGCCCGUCAAGCUCAAAUGACCCUUAAACUACAGGCUGACACCAUUCCCAGACUGUCGCCCCUCCUUGAGGCUACAACCCCCCCCCCAUCUAUGGACUAAUGGGUGUGUAUUGUAUGCCUGGGAUGGUUUGGAGGCCAUGGGACUCACAUGGUGAAUCUGUAAAACUAAAAGUUGUUUUAUAAAACCAUACUUGUACAAACGCAACAACAAAUGUAAUCGCUUCGAUGUGGUUGGUCGAUUUUUUUUCUUAUUUGCUUUGUGUUGAAAGAAGUGUGAAUGACCGAAGAAGAGAGUCACAGUGCAGGUAUUGGAGCGUGAGGUAGAGAGAAGUGAGGGUUACAUAACAACGCCCGGGCUUACGGGAUGGGGGAGAGCGUUGAACAAUCUGCCUUUUCAACCCACUGGAGUGAGAACAGAGGAGCAGAGUGCAGUUGAGGUUUCACUUUCUUUCUUUUUUUUCCUUUUUUUUUCAUCAACCCAGGGGGGAAAAAGGGGGAGUCAGAAAGAAUGGUUGGUAGAGGGCCUUGGGUGACCGCAGGGUGUCGAAGGGCAACGUGCCUUGGCAUUCCCCAGCACACUCACUAUAUCUCCCAGCCAACUCAUCUUCUGAGCUUCAAAGGUCAAACCCCCAGUGGAGUAGUAGUCUGCUCUCUCAGGACAUGAGAAACCAACCAGGUCCUUCUGGGACGCUUCCACCUGUGGCCUAUUCUUUGUCGCCUGGCAACCCAGGCCUAACUCACCUUCCAGAAUGUAUCCGACAAACAUUGUGUCCUUGGAAAACAAGAGGUUCAAGAACAACUUCCUUUUCUGGUGCAUUUGCUUCAACUGGACCUGAGCGAUGGACAAUGGCGCUGUUUGCAAAACUGUUCGUUUGACUAUGGCAGAGCUGGCCUCCUCAAUGCUUUUACGGUUGAUGAAAUGUUUGAGGAUUACGUUUGCCAUGGCCAACGAGACAAGCACAGGUAGGGUAUAUACUGUAUAACAAGAUGAUAGGCUAGCUGAGAGACGGAGGGCGGAUGACAGUCAGUCACGUGAGAGGGAGGGGUUAAAAAGACGAUUAAACAGCAAACAGACAUUUUAAUAUUAUUGACGUUACUGCAUCAAAUAAAUUGUAGUUUUGUCACAUACACAUGACAAGCAGAUGUCAUUGCGAGUUUAGCGAAAUGCUUGUGCUUCUAGUUCUGACAGUGCCGUAAUAUCUAACAAUUUCACAACAGAUACCUAAUACACACAUCUAAAGGAAUGUAAUUAAGAAUAUCUAAAUAUAUGGAUGAACAAUGUCAGAGCGGCAUAGACUAAGAUACAGUAGAAUAGAAAACAGUAUAUACAUCUGAGUAAUCAGUAAUGCAAGAUAUGUAAACAUUAUUAAAGUGACGAGUGAUCCAUUUAUUGAAAUGGCCAAUGAUUUCAAGUCUGUAUGUAGGCAGCAGCCUCUGUGUCAGUGGUGGCUGUUUAACAGUAUGAUGGUCUUGAAAUAGAUGUCUUUUAGUCUCUCGGUCCCAGCUUUUGAUGUACAUGUACUGACCUCGUCUUCUGGAUGAUAGCGGUGUGAACAGGCAGUGCCUCUGGGGCGGUUGUUGUCCUUGAUGAUUUGUUUUGGCCUUCCUGUGACAUCAGGUGCUUAGGCUUACAUAUCGAUUAGGGUAAAUUACUGCUUGUUAUUUGUAAGCUAGACAGAGACAAGAAUAAUUCCUAUUGUAUGCUUCAGACCCAAACACCUUGUAUUUUUGUAUGUACAUAUAUUAUUAAAUUAUACUGGAAGUCUACAGGCUACAAAGGUUCUUCAUUAAAUGCUUUAUACAAUGUAUGUGUAUAUACUAGUGUGAGGAUGGAGUCCUGUGUAGCUCGGUUGGCAGAGCAUUAUGCUUGCAGCACCAAGGUUGUGGGUUCAAUUCCCACAGGGGACCAGUGGAAAAAAGUAUUCAAAUGCAUGUCACUCUGGAUAAGAGCGUCAAUGCUAAAUGACUUAAAUGUAAAAUAAUGAAUUCAUGACCAUUGAUCUAACGAUGACAACCAGAACACCAAUGUCCAUGUUGGAAUACUUUGAAACUCAUGCAAUAUUUUCAGCGCUGUACUUUUGUCGUUGCGUUUUGCUAUGAAAUACUACGUUUCCCAAAGAGCUCUGGGCCCACACGCAGAAUGAAUGUAUUGUUUAAAUGUGUUUCUCAAUAAAUAUUGUUCCCUUAACUUGUUAAAGGCCUGUGGUUGAAAAUACGAUUCUCUGUCUGGAUAUCUUAACAAACCUAGUCUUAAAAUGUGUUUAAUUAAAUGUAUCCUCCUUACUUCAGGGUUAUCUGAAACAUUUCCCUCCUCUCUGCACAAUUGAGUUGCAGGGACACAUUUCCCAUUGAAUGUAUGACUGAUUGAAGGACAGGUCGGCAGAGUCAAAUACAGUAUCUUGGUUAGCCACAGAGGCUUCCAUGAUAGACAUUAGCCUGAUCCACAGUCCUGACUGCCGCUGUGCUCUCGUUUUGUUUAACAUUAAACAAAAUAAAUGGUAGAACGAGGCUAGAUAGGCAUAGCCUGUUCCAGUCCCAUAUGUUUGUGGUGUCUUACCUUUUCUUAUAGUCAAUGUUGGACAGCAUAAACCGAUAUGGGACCAGGCUAUUAAAGGCAUACAGCUAAGCCAAAACUGGUAAUUAGAACUGGUUUAAAGAGCCUAAAAUAAUAUCAAGCGUUCUGGAUCAACCACAGGUCCAAAACAAGUUUUAUGACAAUAUUACAUUACUGUAAAUGAAUGUACUUAUCUUCUAUUGUGUUAAAUAGUUCAUUUGUGAUGUGAAAGUGUUUCCUUGUGUUAAAAUUAACGUAAGGCUGCGUUUACACAGGCAGCCCAAUUCUGAUCUUUUUCUGACAAUUGGUCUUUUGAACAAUCAGAUCUUUUGCCCAUAAUUCGGCAAAAUAUCAGAAAUUGGCUGCCUGUGUAAACGCAGCCUAAUAGUCCUAAAAUAUAUUUAAUUUUUAAACCGGGUUUAUUCUGUUUAUUUUAAAUUAUAUAAUGUCCUUCAUUAUUAAAUUUCCAUGUUGACCUUAAAUAUGUUUUAGAUGUAUUUGAAGCUCUACUGAUAAAAUGUGUUGAUGCUCAUUGCUUUGAAUAAGGCUUUUGCAUUCUAGAAUGUUUUGCUAAAGUGACAAAUUGCUUGUAAUACAUCAUUUAAUCAUAGGCUUUAGUGCAUAGUUUAAACAAAUGUACAAUGUUCUGUAAAGACAAGAAAAAUUGGCUUUUUUUUUACAUUGUUCAGGACAAUUUGUUCUCGGUUCUGUCAGAGAGGGACUUGUAGUAUACUGCUAGUUGGAGGAGAGAAAAUGAAUUAAUGGAAUGUGGUCUAUUUUCCCGGAGAGUGUGUGAGAAUGCUUAUUGCUUACCCAUGCACAGUUUGACAUUUAAAUCAGCUCUUACAUCUGUUGGGCAAAUGUUUCUCUUCUCUCUCUUUCUCUCCUCGCUCUCUCUCCUUCUCUCCUCCCUCUCUCUCUCCUGAAGUGACGCAUUUGGCCUGUCACGACUGGUACAGAGGUAGUAGUCUAUCACCUUGGAGCACCAGAGCAGAAAAACAGAGCCUGCUCAGCAUAACUGAAAUGGCUCAUGACGUAAUGACAUAAUGAGACGAUCCAUGCAUCCUGCAGAGAGGAAGGGACCUGAUGAUAAAACACCCAUAACGCUGCUGGAAGCAUCAGCAGACAAACGCCAUGUGUAUUCCAUUCUGAAUGAAGAACAUCCUGGGUUUUAAGUUGUUACAAUACCCAUAUUAAACUUGAGUUAUAAGAUGGGACGGUGCAGACCGUGACCGGUACCAAGUGUGUCGAGAGACCCCAUUGACCAAUAGGAUGCAAGAUCUUCCAUCAUGCGUCCAAAAGUUUGACUUCUCCUUGGACUGUCUGAUGUUCAGGAUUUUGUCUUGAUUUGUAAUCUGUCCUGAAGUGAAGGCUUUAGUUAUUUGGUGCAACUCACUUUGCCUGUACUGUCUACUCUGAAGAAUGUAUGUAUUGGUCAUGAUCCGGAUGGGGGAGCCGUACCUUCUCCAAUGGGUCUGGAUGUACUGUGUAAUAAACAUUGACAGGAAAUGACAUCA